CCCACAGUGCAUGAAUGUAGCAAAAGAGCUCCCGGUGACGGAGCAGAGGCAGAAAAGCGGCAGGGAGCUGCCAGCAUCGUCUCAUACCGUCGCAGGACAGAAAGCUCCGUGUCAGCGGAGAUAUGGAGACGCCGGGGAGGAUAGUAGCCACACCGGACGCCCUGGACUUCACGGUGGAAAACGUAGAGAAGGCCCUCCACCAGCUGUACUAUGACCCCAAUAUAGAAAACAAGAAUCUGGCACAGAAAUGGCUAAUGCAGGCUCAGGUCUCGCCGCAGGCCUGGCAGUUCUGCUGGGCCCUACUGAGCCCAGAUAAGGUGCCAGAGAUCCAGUACUUUGGUGCAAGUGCCCUUCACACUAAGAUCUCUCGCUACUGGUCAGACAUCCCCACUGACCAGUACGAGUCUCUGAAGACCCAGCUGUUCUCCCAGAUUGCCUGCUUCUCCUCCGGCUCCAAGAUGGUGCUCACCCGACUGUGUGUGGCCCUUGCAUCUCUGGCGCUCAACACAAUGCCCGAGGCCUGGCCCGGCGCAGUGUCAGAGAUGGUGCGGGUGUUCCAAGAGGAGGGGGGAGGGGUGGAUGGGCGGGCACGCUGCCUGGCAUUGCUGGAGCUGCUCACCGUCCUGCCUGAGGAGUUCCAGACCAGCCGCCUGCCACAGUACCGAAAAGGACAGGUACGGGGAGCCUUGGGCCGGGAGUGGGGGUCAGUGUGUCCACUACUGCAGCAACUGCUGCGGCGAACGGACAGCCCCGGGGCGGUAAAAGCCCGCGUGCUGCGCUGCCUGUCAUCCUGGGUGCUGCUGGAUGUGCCCCUCAGCGAGAGCGAAGGCCUGGUGCACGACUGCUUCAGUGCCCUGCCUGACCCCGAGCUCUUCGACACAGCGGUGGAGGCAAUAGUCAAUGCAAUCUCACAGCCCGACUCCCAAAGAUAUGUGAACACUCUGCUGAAACUGGUUCCCCAAGUGCUGGCCCUCCAGGAGCAGCUCAGAGAGGCUGUUCAGAAUGGAGACAUGGAGACCUGCCACGGCAUCUGCCGGAUUGCUGUUACACUGGGAGAAAACCACUCUAGGACUCUGUUGGAGCAAGUGGAUCACUGGCAGAGCUUCCUGGCUUUAGUCAACAUGAUCAUGUUUUGUACAGGGAUCCCCGGCCACUACCCGGUCAAUGAGACCACCAGCUCACUCACACUCACCUUCUGGUACACGCUACAAGAUGAAAUAAUGUCGUUUGAAUCGGAUAAGCAGGCAGUGUAUCUGCAAGUCUACAGGCCAGUGUAUUUCCAGCUGGUGGAUGUUUUGCUACACAAAGCCCAGUUCCCCACCGACCAGGAGUACGCAUCCUGGUCCUGUGAUGAGAAAGAACAAUUCAGGAUCUACAGGGUGGAUAUCUCAGACACGCUCAUGUACGUGUAUGAGAUGCUGGGAGCAGAGCUGCUGAGUAACCUGUAUGAUAAACUAGGAAGACUGUUGACUAAUGCAGAGCAGCCCACAUCAUGGCAGCACACAGAGGCCUUACUUUAUGGCUUCCAGUCCAUAGCAGAGACGAUAGAUGUGAAUUACUCUGACGUCAUCCCAGGCCUGAUAGGACUCAUCCCCAGAAUCAGCAUCAACAACGUCCAGCUAGCAGACACAGUGAUGUUCACCAUAGGUGCUUUGGCUGAAUGGUUGGCAGACCACCCAGUGAUGCUCAGCAGUGUCUUGCCCUUGGUGCUUCAGGCUCUGGGGAACCCAGAUCUCUCUGUUUCUUCUGUCUCUACGCUUAAGAAAAUUUGUAGGGAGUGCAAAUAUGACCUGCCACCUUACGCGACCAACAUAGUAGCUGUCUCUCAGGAGGUGCUCAUAAAGCAGAUCCACAAGACGAGUCAGUGUAUGUGGCUGAUGCAGGCUCUUGGCUUCCUGCUAUCCGCUCUCCCUGUGGAAGACAUCUUAAGAAACCUUCACUCUCUCAUCACUCCCUACAUUCAGCAACUGGAAAAGCUAGCAGAUGAGACGCCUAAUCCCUCUAACAAACUGGCAAUCAUCCACAUCUUGGGGCUGCUGUCCAACCUCUUCACCACGCUCGACAUCAGCAAGCAGGACGAUGAGUCAGCAGAUGGCUCAGCACCACCUGUCAAAACAGCUCCACCUCCACCUGGACCAAACCCGGUGGUGGUGGUUUUGCAACAAGUGUUUGCUCUCAUACAGACUGUGCUCAGUAAGUGGCUCAACGACUCGCAGGUUGUAGAGGCUGUGUGUGCCAUCUUUGAGAAGUCGGUGAAGACUCUGCUCCAUGACUUUGCUCCCAUGGUGUCUCAGCUCAGUGAGAUGCUUGGGCAGAUGUACAGUACAAUUCCCCAGGCCUCCGCCCUGGAUCUCACACGACAGAUGGUACAUAUCUUUGCCAGUGAGACGGACCACUUCCCACCCAUCAAGGCUCUGUUCGAGCUGGUUACCUCGGUAACGCUGUCCAUCUUCCAGCAAGGACCCAGGGAUCAUCCUGAUAUUGUUGAUUCAUUUAUGCAACUCCAAGCUCAGGCCCUCAAACGGAAGCCCGAUUUGUUCUUGUCUGAGAGUCUUGACGUGAAAGCAGUGUUCCACUGUGGAGUUCUGUCGCUCAAAUUUCCUGAGGCUCCGACAGUCAAGUCAACGUGCUUGUUCUUUACGGAGCUGUUACCCCACUGCUCAGACGUGCCUCCGGUGGCAAGAGUGGUGCAGGAGGACGGGAAGCUGUUGAUCCAGGCCGUGCUGGAGGGCAUCGGAGGCGGGGCAACUCGCAGCCUGAUGGACCAGUUCGCAGAAGUGCUUUUCAGUCUGAACAAGCACUGCUUUUCUCUGCUCGCUGUGUGGUUGAAGGAGGCGCUGCAGCCGCCCGGCUUCCCGUCAUCGCGGGUCACAACGGAACAGAAAGACAACUUCUCACAUCAGAUACUUAGAGAACGAGUGAACAAGAGGAGGGUGAAGGACAUAGUGAAGGAGUUCACACUACUCUGCAGAGGGCUCCACGGUACAGAGUACGCCGCUGAAUACUGAAACUCUACCCUUGAACUCUCAUCUAACCGUGACCUCUGCCCUCAGCGUAAAACAGCUGGAUGCCACAGUUCUCACAAACCCUGUCAGUGAAGAAUAUCAUGAAAUGAUUGUAACGAUAACCCGCCCCGCCGCAGGACAAGACAUGAAACUAUUCCAGCACAGACCUGCCAUCGGAUUAAUGGACAAACACGAAAAAUCCCCCCGGUGGCUUCAAGGAGGCUGCCCUCUCUGCCCUGAUUUAUCUUUUCUGUUCCGAGAUCAAUCGUUUCUCGCUCCCUCCUCUUUCCUCUAAUUUAAAGGUCUUUUCUUUAGAAGAGCUUCGAGCAGCACUCCCAGCAUGCUGCCUCAUGCCUCCUUCUAUCUCUGUCUUGUUCUGCCUUUCUAGAUCUUCCCGUGGUUCCUAGGCUGUUUCCUGGUGAUUAGCAUCCAUAUGAAAAUGGUAGUGGUAUCGUACGUAGCUACUUGACAUUAUUUUUCAAAAAAAAUGAAUCAAAGUAAUUAUAUAAAUGUAUAUGUAAACACAUAUAGGAAAGAUGGUGGUUGUCAGUCCUGCUGCUGCUAAUGGGAAGAGAGGAGGACCAGUGUCAGUCAGGAGGGGAUUCUGCAGGAACAAAUGACAUCAAUAUGAUUCUAUGUACUUCCACUCAUGCCCCCGUGAUCUCUGCAUUUGCCAAAUUAUCCCGAAAUGUUUUUGUGAAAUCGUCCUUCUUUUUGUUAUAUAUGCCUUUUGGGGGUAUGAGUGGAGAAAGAAACCCACAUAACUGGACUAAACAACAGUUUGCGCUCUUGCCCAGCCCUCUGUGUACAGGGCUAUACCUCAUGUACAUACAGUCCCACCCAGUCAUACUGCAGUCUCCUCGGGUUGUCGGGAGUGGUCUUUAUGCAUCGGUCCCUUAGGUAAAGCAGGACUGCCGAGAAAGCACAGGCUGAAGCAAGAAAAGGAAUUGUAGUAGCUGGCAGCGAGAAAGAGGCACAAGAGGGAAAGCGAGAAGGGAACCGAGAGUUUGGAGGGAUGAAUAAUCCUGACGACGGACUGCUUAGUCACUGUAAUCGUGCAAAAAUAUUAAUCAAGUUGUGCAUAUUAACAGUUAUUGCCGAACA